AUCCAAAUGGACCUCCAAAAAGAAAACGAGGAAGACCCAGGAAAGAUGCUUCCAAACCAAAGGGGUUGGAUGAGGGAGACCAUCCAGCAGAAACUCCAGGCAACUCAAAUGAGACGAGUGAAGAGGGUCGUAUGUGCCGGCCAGGAGCAAUGAAAACCAAGAACUGUAUCUACUGUGAUGAGGAAGUCCCUAUUGUGCAGCUAAUGAGUCACCUGGAGGGUCAUGAGCAACAACAGUAUCCAUGUCCCUACUGCUCAUUGAAGGCUCCAAGACUCUCGCUGUCUAGGCACAUUCAGCAGCAGCAUCAAGAGUUCAUCAUGACCUGUGAGAUAUGUUGUGCAAAAUUUCUAGAGUCAGAUCUCUACAGGAAGCACCUGGAAACCCAUUGUGUUGGAUUGCAUCAUUGCUCAGACUGUGGUAAGAUUUUUGGAACUGAGGAUGAACUUCAUAAUCAUGCAAAUGUGGCACACAUCCCAAAAAGUGAAGAUAAUUAUAGUUGCUCUUUGUGUAGUAAGACAUACACAAGCCGAUUCAAAUACAUUAGCCAUGCUCUAAAAUUCCACAAAGGUGGCAUUCCAAUUGAAGGUGUUGUGUGGGGUGGACGGGGUUUGUUAGCGUGCAAUAUAUGUGAGAAGAGAUUUAAGAAAGCUUCACUCUUCAUUACACAUGAAAAGACCCACAGAACAAGAAAAUUCCAUUGUCAUUAUUGCUUGAACAAAUACCCAUCAGAAUAUUUCUUGCAUGACCAUCUUUUGACUCAUCAGUUUGGAGAUUAUGACUGCAGUGAUUGUUUAGUCAAGUUUGCUUCUCGUAAUCAGUUAAACAUACACAAAGAGAAAAUGCACAACCACAAGGUAAACAGAGUGUGUGAAUACUGCAACAGAGAAUUUAAAGAGUACAUACAGCUUAUCAGCCACAAGAGGAAAGCACAUCCUGAGUCAGAGGAAUCUCAGAAGGCAAAAUACACCUGUGGUGACUGUGGCCGUAAAUUUAUGGUAAAGGGUAACUUCUUGAGACACAUGAAAUUACAUGAAAAAGGCAAGUCAGAAAAGAAAUGUGCUUGUAACAUAUGUGGUAAAGUGAUGUCCAAUAAGUAUGCCUUAGCAUCACACUUGAACACUCAUACUCGAGAAUCUUCACUGAAAUGUAAAAGCUGUGAUAAAACUUUUGUGACUAAGUAUACUCUUCUUGAUCACGUGAGAAGAAUUCACGAUGAGUUAGGCUCCGGCAGAGACAAGAUUUGCAAACAGUGUGGUCGUAGUUUCUUCACCAACGCUGAACUCAAAUACCAUUUAAAGACACACACUGGAGAGAGACCUUAUAGGUGUGAAAUGUGUGGAGAAACUUACCUCUCCUCUUCCACUCUUAGAUAUCACAUGCAGAAGCAUUCCAAUGUUAUGUUUGUCUGUCAAGACUGUCAGGCAAAAUUCAAGAAUUAUGUAGGAUGGAGUGCACAUAUGAAACGUGUACAUGGAGUUACUUGUGUCAAGGAUUAUACCAGAGAGCAUGGCAUAUUACAGGCUGUGUUAGAAAAAGAAUCACCUCUUUACAUUGUUGCUCAGGGACAUGCAAAGACAGUAGAUGCUACUCAGAAUAUUUCUUCAAGAGGAUUAGAGAAAGAGUGCUUGAAUUCAGCCACUCUAGCUGUUGGUCUGGAAGAAACUGUUGUAAGCUUACCUGGUAAGGAAGUGGGGAAUAUUAUCCAUGUUGUGUCUUAUGAUGAUUUGGCCAAUCCUCUGGUCCACACCGUUGAUGCUGCCGAAGUGGGCCUAAUUAAACCAGAUCCUGAGGAAACGUGCAUUACACAGCCAAGUUCGAAUCUCCCUUCAUCCAUGGCUGCGGGCAACACUUCCAUGGAUCCUGGCAGUGAUGGAAACUACCCACAGAACAGUGAGAGAACAAGGGUGAUGAUUCCUGAAGGAUGGGAAGUCAUUCUGCCCACAGAAAGUGAAGAGUCUCAGGUGGUGAUGACUGGGGGCUGGGAGGAUACUCGGAUUGCUGUCCCACAGGCAAGUGAAGAAUCGCAAAUGGUCUUGACCAAUGAGUGGGAAGAGACCCAAGGGAUGGCUCAGUUGGUUAUUUCUGAGGAAGGCGAAGAAACUCGUGUUGUCAUGACCUCAUGGAAGGAUUGUGUGGAUUAUUAAUACUUGUUUAUUGAUUUGAUAUUUGUCUGAGAUUUUGAGGUCCUACACACAUGGACAGUGUGCAGAGGUCAUGAAUUAGAAUUUCUGAGUUGCUGUCUGCUUUUUUUAUGUUCACUUGUGCCAAAUGGUAUUAACUUGUUUAGCGUUGCUCAUUAAAGCACGGUGUUCAAAUGUCAGAAAUUGGGGUUGAUAUAUUCACCAUUGAUAUGAAGUAUAUAAUUUGGAAGUAUGUUUUUCUUUCAUUGCUUGCUUUUAUGACUGGGUUUUGAAAAGCUUUUUUAUUUAGAUAUAAAAAAAGGCAGGAUUAUGGAGUUGCAGGUAGGGCAAUGUAUUUUUUCCGAGUGAUAAAUUUACUGCUUCUUUCCAGAAGCUAUUUUCAUCCUGUUUCCUUUUCUCUUUUUCCAAAAUGGAACAAAUUACUACAAGUACCUGAUGUAAUGAUGGCCCCACUGUUUUAAAGAUAAACUAAAGAAUUAAUUUAUAUGAGACAAAGAAUAAAAUUGAAGAAAAUCUA